UCCCGGUCUCUUAGCAACAGCUUGUGGUGUCUCCUUGGCAACGCACCGCCAGCCGUAUCGUACUGUGUGUGAGGGGAAAGUGUCUCCCCGCUGUGUCCGACAUGUACCGCCUGGAUCUGCCCGCCGACCGCCGGGAGGCCUCCCUGUUAGAGAGAAAGAGAACCGCCGAGCUGCAGCGCCACAACCGGAUAUUCAGCUCCCACACACGGACCGUCGGGGUUGACAAGCCGGCCUUGGAUACUCAGAUCCAGGACAAGAAGCUUCAGGAGGAAAUAGAAAAUAAAAGGAAAGAAGCCUAUGCCGCGCAGAUGAAACAAAACGACCAAAUCGCCAGCGCAUUGGACGAGCGAAUGCAACGGGACGUGCGAGACCUCAACAAAGCCAUCGACGAGUUCCGUCUCACUUUCCAGAAGAAGGAGGACCGCCGGGAAUACGAUCUGUCCGACCCGGAAGCCUUGAAGAAAGAACUGCCCCCACGCGUUUCCGACGGCGACCCUCGUUGCACCGUUUCGGGCGUCCAGAGACUGUUGGGAGAGGAUCUCACCGUGGACAGUCGGAGGCAGAUGCAGCAGGAGCAGCUGCGGGAGUGGUCUCUGCAACAGCAGGAGGAGCAGGCACGGGCCCUGGAGGAACAGAGGCUGAGAGACGGCAACUACGACAAAAUGAGAGUGGAACUGGACCAGAAGGCGGCGGAACUACAGCAGCUGGAGUUACAAACCAGGCGAGCGGUCUGCGCAGCUACUAAGGAUUUCAACAGAGCUCAGGCCGAGGAAACGACGGAGAGAAAGAAAUUGGAGAGAAAACAGGAGGAGGAGGAUAAUUCCGUGGAAAUCUCCAACCUCAUUAAUGGGGAUCUUCUGUCGGAGGACCCCGCACAGGCAGCGAGCGCCUUCGGGCCACACCGCGUGGUCCCCGACCGCUGGAAAGGAAUGAGCAGCGCCCAGCUGGAAGCCAUUAAUAAUGUUCAGCAGCAGCAGAUACAGGAGAGGAUGAGACUGAGAGAAGAGGAAAGAGUUCGGGAGGCGGAGCUUUACAGGCAGAGAGUGCAAGCUGCGAGGGCAAUGGUGCUUCUUGAAAGGCAGCAAAAGCGUGAGGAGAAGGAGCUGCGCAAAGCCCAGGAUCACAUGAACUUGCAGCUGGCGCAGGCACAGAGGGCACAGAAGACCUACCUGGACAAGGAAGUGUUUACCAACAAUCCGACAGAUCGGUACUUCGAACAGUUCAAUACCAGCAGCCGAUGAAGGUUUAGCUUUGAUUUUAUUCUCUAUGGAGGCCACACAGAACUGUAUAAAUAUGAAAUAGAUUUA